UAUUUGCGUUUCCCUCUAGGAAGUUUGUUGUCCUUUGCCGAGCAGGAUUAGGAACUGCAUCUAAUAACAAAAUAAAUCCAGCCAGCCCUAAAAAGCUACUUAAACAUUUACCAAUCAAAAAUGGAUACAGAAUCAAAGGAACAAAGUAAUUUGAAGCCCAUCCGCAAGGAGAUUAUCAGUCCUGGAAACAAAUACAUCGAACUCAAACCAGGCACCAGGGUUAAAUUUCACUUCCAAACGCGUCGGGCCAACGAUGUGCGAAUCAUUGACGAUAGCAAGAAAAUUAACAAGCCAAUGGAGCUGGUCUUGGGCAAGAAAUUCAAAUUGGAAGUGUGGGAGGUGAUGGUGCAGAAAAUGUCCCUAAAUGAAGUGGCCAAGUUCACGGUCCACAAAUCGCUCUGUGCCCAAUAUCCGUUCAUUUCGAAAACUCUACGGGAUAUUGGCAAGAAACCCGACGAGCGUCGCCACUGCUGUGGCAUGACACUGCAGAACGAGGGCAUGGGCUACGAGGAUCUCGAUGAGCUGCUGCAGACGCCAGUCGACUUGGAGUUCAUCAUAGAACUAAUAUCAAUUGAGCUGCCCGAGGAAUACGAGAAGGAGCGCUGGCAAAUGUCUGACGAUGAGAAAAUGCUCGCAACGCACACCUUGCGGGAGCGCGGCAACCGGCUGUAUAAUGCGCAAAAUUACGCCGAGGCGGAGAUUUGCUACCGCGAUGCCGUGGGCAUGGUUGAACAGCUGAUGCUCAAGGAGAAGCCCCACGAUGCGGAAUGGCAGGAGUUGGCUAACAUCAAGGUUCCCUUGCUGCUCAACUACGCCCAAUGCCGUUUAAUUGCUGGCGAUUACUAUGCUGUGAUUGAGCACUGCAACGAGGUGCUGACGCUUGAUCCGCGCAAUGUAAAGGCGCUAUUCCGCCGUGCCAAGGCACACGCUGGUGCCUGGAACCCGGCUCAGGCGCGCCGCGACUUUCUUGAUGCUCUGAGUCUAGAUGCGAGCCUAAAGACCACUGUCGCACGCGAGCUGAAGGCGAUUGAGGAGCAGCAGCAUGAACGCAACGUUCAGGAUCGCAUCCACAUGCAGAAGCUCUUCUAGAAUAUAAGUUGUGCUAACGUACUGCUCAUGCUCCUCGUUUAUUGGAGCAACUAUGCGCAGCGUUAACAGUUAGCCAAUACCUUUCUCUUCUGGCAGAGUAGCUAUAUCUAUACACUGGUCUUCUAUGUCUCUAAGGGUUUUGUAAUGCUCUGCCUUCUCUUCAAUCAACUCUUGUGCUGCUGGAUCAUAUUCAAGACGCUGCUCCUGCCCAGAUUGAGGCGUCUAUUCGGCUGAGGAUGGGCGCCACAACGGUGCGUAGUAGGGAAGGCAACAAUAAGAUCAAAUUCAAAUAUACUCUGCCUCUGUUUUCUCUCUCUAUCAUCUUCUGUCCUGUAUCUGUCUGUGUUUCAAUGUGUCUAUGUCUCUGUCACUGUCUGUCGCUAUAUCUUUCUGUGUUGAACCGUUAAUGGCAUUUAGCCUAGCUGUAAGCCUUUCGAGCCUUCAUCUUCAUCUGAAACGGUUUCUGCAAUGCCAUUACUACGCCAUCAAUCGCCAAAUAUUGAAAGAAAUGUAUAUGUUGUAUGUAAAUGUGUAUUUAGGAAUAUUAUCUAUCAUAAGUAAGGCCUCCACACGAGAGCCGUCAAAUUGUAAGUGUAACGUUAAAGCGAACCAUGCUCGUCUGUAUUAUAAGUGUAUGUGUGUUAUAUAUAUAUAUAUAUAAAUAUAUAUCUAGUUCCAUGUAGGCUUGUUAUCCUAAUAGCUAAUCGUUUGCAUGUGUAAUAAACUUGUGUCUAAGUGUUGUCAACGUCUCUGUUUGCAUUAGCAUUGCAUUGGCUA